AUGGCCAAGAUCUACCUGCACUGCACGCCGUCGCCUGGCGAUAGCGACUUGCGCGCGUGGACGUACGUGCUGCGCGCGCCGCAGCUCGAUCGAACGACCACCGUGCUCGACGCUUUAACGGCGCUCGUGGCCGCCCACAACGCCAAAUUUAAGUCUGCCAUCGACACGCAAGGGCUCGUCGCCACACGCGCCGACGCUGCCGUGCGCCUCGAGAAAAAGCUGUCGCAGCUCCUUGUCGACGACUCGUGCGAGCUCGACGUCACGCGCCCAGUACCACAGCACACUGCCGCGUCGUUGACGACCGUCGGGCCGCUGCUCGCGCUCGCCGCCAAGCACCGCGACCGCGGCGAGUUCCGGUCGGCCAAGGCCUUGUGGGAGACCAUCUUGCGCGAGCUCGACCCGCGUCAAUGCGAGGCGACGCAUGGCCUCGUGCGCAUCUACAUGCAAGCGUCUGCAUGGGCUACAGCCAAAGCGAUCGCCGAGCCCGUCCUCGCGACCGCCGCGGCCACCACCGCGUCCAUUGAACUCUGCCUCGAUGUAGCUGAGUGCGAGCUGCACCUGCGGGCGUUUGCCCCGGCGCUGGAGCGGCUCGCGGCGCUGCGUGUUUCGGAUGCCGACCUUGUCGCGCGCGUCGACCGGCUCCAGGCGCGGCUUCAGCACGCUGCUGGCGACAUCGAGGCUGCGAUCGAGACGGUUCGGCGCCGGCUCGUCAUGUCGGACGAGACCGAUUUGGACGCGAUUGCGCUCUACAGCGCGAUCGCGCACGAACGCGGCCGGCCCGUCGAAGCGAUGCAAAUGAUCCUCAAGGUGCUCACGGGCCGCGCAAAGGACCGCGCGGUGCAAGCGCAAUUUGCCACGUUUUUGGAAGCGCCCGACGGGUUCACGCACCUCAUCGCGACGCUGGACCCGUCGAGUGCGACGACCGCGCCCGCCUUUGCGUACUUGGCGACUAUUGCUAAGGACUACAGCGCCAUGACGGGGUGCUUGGCGUGCUUUGCGCAAGCUGUCGCUCUCGCGCCCGCCCAUGCGUCGUAUGCACUCAACUACGUCCACGCGCUAGAAGUCGUCGUCGACCACGCGGCAGCGUACGACGUCGCCCGGUUGUUUUGUGCAAGCAACCCAACGUUGACGACGGGCGGGCUCGCCUGCCGUGACGUGGCCGCCAUCUUGGAGGCGUUUCCGACCCUCGACGCGGGCCGGGGCAGCCCUUCUGCCGAGCUCUACUGGACGUCGGACGGGUUUGUCAACGUCCAGCGGGCCGGCGUGGCGCAUCAGCUGCUGCCAGAAGACGACUGGGACCUCCUCGCCCUCUUCUUCGCCGUCGUCAAGAUUUUGUUUCUCGAAGGCUGUGGCGCGCCAUUGCACGCGCUGCUGAAGCUUCUCGAGCCGCUUCGCGUCGUCUAUGGCCACCACCUGCACCAAACGACGAUUCGAAACGAGCACGCAUAUUACUGCUGCAUCGCGCAACUGCUGUGCAUCCCGACUCCGCUGUUGGCCUUUCCGUCGGCCACGGGCAUCGAGACAGCCAAGGAGUACGAGACGGUCUAUGUCUGCGGCGACUCGCACACGCUGCCGACCGCAUGGCGGACUCUGACGCUCGGAACCCGCUCCGUGCGUCUCACGCCGGCGCUUGUGACGGGCCUCAAGCACUGUAGACCGCUCGCAAUGGUAUGUCAUGACACGUUAUGUCUAGGGCACUUGCGCCGCGCGUCAACGUUUUACCCGAAAAGGCACUUUGAACAUGUCAUCGCGCGCCUGCCGCGUCGCGCGCGGAUCGUGUUUCUCUUGGGCGAAAUCGACUGCCGCGAAGGCAUUCUGCUCGCGGUCGACAAGUGCCGCUACGAGAGCGUCGACGAUGGCAUGGUCGCAACGAUGAGUCACUUUUUGCAGGUGCUCGAGGCCCUCGUGCGCGCGCAUGGCUUUGACGCGUACAUCCACCCGAUCGUGCCCGUCUUGGACGAGACGCGGCACUUGGUCCUGCGGUACAACGCGCUCUUGCGUACUCGCGUCGAAGCUGCGUCGUUCUGCCAGUGGCUCGACUGCUUUGACGACCUCCUCGGCGAUGACGGCAAGCUCCAGCCCGCGUACGCUCUCGACGGGACGCAUCUCCACCCGGCGUACCUCGCCAACGGCUUUCAGACGGCACUGCACAGGACGCUGGGAUCGCAGAUGACUGCUGACGAGUAGCAAGACGAUUCGACGAGGCCAAGUUUCUACUAAAACUACAACACUAUGAUUUGUCUCGCAGCAUGCGGUAGAU